GACAGUUGUGCCCCCCCACCCCUGUUCGGAGAACCUCAGGAACCACAGCCUGCUCUCAGUGAACUCAGCCUGACCCAAUCAUCUCAGACAGAAGUCCUUCCACUCAUCUGGACCCGUCAGGAACUUUGUUUCUAUUCCGACCCGCUUCAGCUCUGAGAGGCAAUGACAGCGGAGAGCAGCAUGACAGAGGCUGGAAGUAAAGCAGCAGGAGAUGUUCUGUCAAAGCAGGAGCCGGAGGAGGAGAGGCAGGAGAACGGGGAGUAUAAAGUGGAGCUGGCGGAGAAAAGCUCUCCUCCUGCGGCGGAGUUCGUCCACCCGGAGGGCGGCUGGGGCUGGGUGGUCAUGCUGGCAUCCAUGUGGUGUAACGGCUCGGUGUUCGGCAUCCAGAACUCCUUCGGAGUGCUCUUCAUCUCCCUGCUGCAGGAGUUCGGCUCCGAGGAGGACAAAGACCUGCGCUUCAGAACCUCUUGGGUGGGCUCGCUGUCCAUGGGGAUGAUCUUCUUCUGCUCCCCCAUCGUCAGCAUCUUCACAGACAUCUUCGGCUGCAGGAUAACUGCUGUGGGUGGUGCUGCCGUUGCCCUGAUCGGCCUCAUGGCCAGCUCCUUUGUCAAGACCCUCGGUGUGAUGUACUUCACGUACGGCAUUGUGUUCGCCUGCGGCUGCUCGUUUGCCUACCAGCCCAGCCUGGUCAUUCUGGGCCACUACUUUAAGAAGCGACUGGGCCUGGUGAACGGCAUCGUGACCGCCGGCAGCGGCAUCUUCACCAUCACCCUGCCUUUCUGUAUGUCUACCAUGCUGGAGAAGCUGGGCCUGCAGAACACUCUGCGUGUUCUUUGCAUCCUCAUGUUUGUGCUGAUACUAGCCAGCUUCACCUAUAAGCCCCUGCUGCCAGCCAAUCCCACCGAGUCCCAAACAGGAAAAUUCAGCUUAAGUCGGAUCUUCAACAAGAACAUCUGGAAGUCUGUGGGAUACCGUAUUUGGGCGUUCGGAAUACCUGCUGCCCUUUAUGGCUACUUUGUUCCUUACGUGCAUCUGAUGAAUCACGUGCAGGAGCGUUUUGGAGAGGACACAAACAAAGAGAUCCUGCUCUUGUGCAUCGGCAUCACUUCCUGCUUGGGGCGGUUUAUCUUCGGCAGCGUGGCGGACUUCGUCAAGGGAUCCAAGAAAGUGUACCUGCAGGUCAUUUCUUUCCUCAUCAUCGGCGUCAUGUCCAUGAUGAUCCCCGUGUGCCAGAUCUUUGGAGGGCUGAUUGCCGUGUGCCUCCUGAUGGGGCUGUUUGACGGCUGCUUCAUCUGCAUCAUGGCCCCCAUCGCCUUCGAGCUGGUCGGAGCCAAAGAUGUUUCUCAGGCCAUCGGCUUUCUGCUCGGCCUGAUGUCCGUUCCCAUGGUUGCAGGUCCUCCAAUCGCAGGGUUCCUGAGGGACAAACUGGGAAGCUACGAUGUGGCCUUCUACCUGGCAGGCAUCCCCCCCAUCAUCGGGGGGCUGGUGCUGUGCCUUAUACCCUGGGUGGAGGCCAGGAACAAGAGGAAGCAAAAGGAGGAGGGCCUGAGCAAAGAGCAGGGCGUCAGCCAGAAGAUGAUAGAGGAUGAGAAGCAUCAGGAAGAAGCUAAGAACAAAAUAGGAGAUUCUGUUCUCUAAGGAACUCUAUAUGCCCCC